AGCCACACGACUGCGCCGUGACUGAGACGCGUCAUCGAUCCCAAUUGGGGAGUGCAACUUGGCAAAAGCUCUUGCAAUUUGCACCGAGUCGCAAAGCACAGCAGUUGCAGCCACUCGCACAGCAAAUACGCGUCGAUUGUUGGGAGAGCAGCUCACAUUGAAACUGGCUCUCCCUGCUAAAAAAGCGGCACGCCGCGCCUAACUCGAAAAUGCAGCCGCUGUCGACGAACCGCGCGACCGUCUCGCCGCCGGCGGGCGCCGACCAGCCGUUCAUCGCCGCGCGGUUCGCCUGCUUGGCAUUGGCGACGGUGUGCUUCAGCGCGGCGGCUGGCUUGGAGGGUUCGAAGAUGGGUCAGCCCCUCGUCGCCGCGCUGCCGGGCACCUUGGCCGCGGCCGCGCUUGCGUAUCGCGCGAAGCCCGCCCUCGCGCUGACGCCGCCGCUGACAUUAGACGACGUAUCAAUAAAAGAGGCGCCCGGCAAAGGCGAGGGCCUCUUCGCGCGGCGACGGAUAGAAAAGGGCGAGUUCGUCAUGGUACGCGGCCGGCGUCCUCGAUUGGUUUUUCGUGGUCAGCGUUUGAUCACCUGCGUUGAUGUCAACACAGGACUACCUCGGCGAAGAAAUGGACGACGCCGCCGUGAACGAGCGGUACCGGGACCUCAUCGAGGCGCGGUACUUGUUGGGUUUGCGGGGGCCACUCGGUCUCGAUCAAACGUGGGUCGACGCCGUGAAUCCUGAGAAAUCGAACCUGGGCCGCUACAUCAACCACGGCCGGCCGGCGUCGUUGAGGAAGGUGCGGCAGCGCUUCCCGGAUAGACGGUUGCGCUUCUUCGCGGCGCGGGAUCUCGAAGUUGGCGACGAGCUGACUUUUGACUAUGGCGACGACUACUGGCUCGGGCGGGAAAAUGAGCUCCGGGAGUAAGAAGAGCCACACAAAUAACUACCAAUCAAC